ACGAGUGUAUUUAUUUAUUUGAGCCGUUGAAUAGGAGCAGAUGCCGGAGCUUUAAUAAGGACGCUUUGACGCAACACUUGUGAAAGUGGGGUGACAAACAAGUAGGUGACUAAAGAGUGACUACAAAUUGUACACAUGCCUGUGACAUUUAACAGCAAGUCAGGGGUGAUUGGAACAGAUGGGUGGAAUUUGAUGGACUCGGAUUGUAAAUCAUCACAAUAUGGAGACAGAUUUCCAAGAUCAGUGUGGUGGAUUGGAGCUGCUGCUGUGUGUCUGGGGCUGCUGUAUCUUCUGCUGAUUAUUAUUAUAGCCAUGGUGGCCCAACAUAUCGGGCAAACCCCUCUUCAAGACACCGAACAACUGCCCAUUCGUAUAAUGGGGUGUGAUAAUCUGACUUCACAAUGUAUAAAGUUACAGAGCAAAUACAACACCUUGCUGGAAAGCAACAACCAGUUAGAGAACAAGCUCUGUUCUUUGACUAAAGAGAAAGACAUCGUCACAGGAGAGCGGGACACCCUUCAAAACAAUAGAGACAGCCUUCAGAACGAGCGAGACGUUCUCCGAAAUGAGCGAAACACCCUGCACAGUGAACGUGACACCCUCAAAUAUCAGCGAGACACCUUCAGGAGUGAGCGAGACACCCUGCAAAAUGAGCAAGAAGCCCUCGAGAAGGAGCGAGACACUCUCAAGGGUGAGAAAGAAUCCCUCCAAAAUGACAGAGACACCCUCCAAAAUGAGAAAGGAACCCUCAAAGCUGAGCGCGACACCCUCCAAAGAGAGAAAGAAACCCUCAAAAGUGAGCUGGACACCCUCCAAACUGAGCGAGAAACUCUCAAAAGUGAGCGAGACAUUCUGAAGGGUGAGAAAAUAUCACUCCAAAAUGACAGGGACACCCUCCGAAGUGAGAAAGAAACCCUCAGAAGUGAGCGAGACACUCUCAAGGGUGAGAAAGAAACUCUAAAAAAUGAGCGAAACACCGUCAUGACUGAGCGAGACUCCUUAAGAGACGAACGAGAUCAUCUGAAGUUGGUAUCCAGCAAUCUGACCAAAGAGUUGGAGGUCCUGCAGAGUCGAUUCAACACCGUGGUUGAAAGUCGAGAUGGCUUGAAGGAGGAGGCUAAAGAGUUAAAUCAGGACAGAACAGAAAAACUUUGUCCAUCGGACUGGGUCAAAUUCCAGGAGAAAUGCUACUACAUUUCUAAACAAGAUAACACUCAUUCGUGGAAAGCAAGUAGAAGAGACUGUAAAGACAGAGGAGGUGACCUGGCCAUCAUCACCACAAGAGAGGAGCAGGAUUUUGUCAGCGCAUACUAUGAUCGAAUCUGGAUCGGUCUGUCUGACUUGGAUCAUGAGGGCAAGUGGAAGUGGGUGAACGGGGAAGAACUGGACUUUAAAGGAUUCUGGCAGAAAGGGGAGCCCAACAACUCAGAUGGAAAUGAGGACUGUGUGGAGAUUUCACGUUCAGGAAGGGGAUGGAACGAUAUGCCUUGCGGCGAGCAAUUGUCUUGGGUUUGUGAAGAUUAACAGUUUGUGGGUCUGCUUCCUCAGGUUUAAUUGUGCAGAACAAGUCAUCGUUUUAUAUCUACUGCACAUCCAUAUGCCAUUUAAUAAAUUAGACAUCCUCACCUUUAAUUCCUUUGCACAGUGCAACUUUUAGUGUGGUGCAUAAUCUACUACGGUAGUACAAAGGAAAUAAUAGAAAUAGAAAUCAAGGGUUUAACUACCGCCAUCAUAAAAGCUCAUCGGCAUUUAACGUUCCUAAGUGAUUGCAUGUAAAAAUCAAAAUACAUUGUUUCCCACAGGACUGCUAUCUAUUGACGUCAUUGUGUCGAGAGGGAAAGCACAACAAAUAGCUUUAAUCUACACGGGAACUUUCUUCUGUCACUUCUUUUUAUACGUCACAAACAAGUGAGUCCCUUUUGAGAGCCUUUGCCAUUUGCCAUUAGUCUCAUUUCAUAUCUUGAGGGGUCUGAUUAAUUGCUUAAAUAUAGUGACAACUAAGCUGGCAACACUGAUCCCUCCUGCUACAUCUUUUUAUUCUCUGGCAGACCCGGUGCUUGUAAGAUGUGUCCCACCACGUUAUGUAAUAAUGGUGCAAUAUGUAAAAUGAAAUAGAUUUUCACCUCAAUUUGUAAUAACGCCACAUUUUGUAAUUAUCACCCGUAUUUUGUAAUAAAAUGAAAAUUAAACUUAGCUGCAUUUUGUAAUAACCUGUUCCAUAUUGUAAAGGUUAUUACAAAAUGUAGAUCCUGCACUUUCAAUAUUAUAAAAUGCGACAAAGUUUAUUAUGCAUUCAAAACUUUGAUUACAAAGUGCAUUCAAGAAAUGUAAACAUUUUACAAAUGUGUUAUUUCAUAAUGAGGUGAAAAUGUAUUACAUUGUUACAUAAUGUUCACUUUAUUAUUACAUUAUAUACUGUAAAUUAUAUAUUCUACUAUUACAUGUGUGUUAACAGGCGGAGUUGCACAGACAGUCCCAUUCUGAUGUGUUUAUGAGCAAGGGCAAAUAAGUAGCACCAAAUCUACUUGUGUCGUUCCAAAUUUAAUUGGGGCAGCCAGCUAAGUGUCCAUUCUGGUGCACUUUUUUUUAUUAUGAGUGAUGGGAACAUCGCUUCGGCCUAUUAUACUGAGCAGCCAGGACAUGAAUAUCUAUACAGCUUUAUUUUUUAAAUUUCCUGUUCUGUGGUCAUCAUCACAUUUCUCGUCUUUGCCAUUACUGAUAGCCUUCUAUGAUGGCGUCGAAAAUAAAACACAAGUUACGCAAGAUAUACAAAACACCCACAUGACGUCAUGCGCGAUGGUGAUUUGAGGUCUUAGUUUGCACGACUUCAGAGGCCAAUUUUUCCCCAAAAUUUGGGAAAAAUUGCAAUUCUGAAUGUUUCCUCUGUGCUUCAAUAUUUGUUGAUAAAAAUAUUUGCCAAUUUGACUAUUUUCUUGUAUUGUGUGUACACUGUAUUUGAAAGAGACAUUAUAGAACCAUAUUUUAUGUAUUCAACAAAUAUCAUAAUUAAGGACUUCCAUAUUGUCGUACAGUAUGCGUGUAUAUACACACAUACUAUAUAUAUAUAUAUAUAAAAUAUUAUGCAGUAGUGGCUAAAUCUGUUCAGCUGUGU